UAUCCAAAUAUCAUGGAACAGCCAUCCAACAGAAACAGCAGUAAUAUUGUGUAGAUAUUUCCUGUUAGUCAACGUGCACCUCAGCCUCGUGCGCCACAAUUGCAGCUGCAGAUACGAAGCCACGACGAGGUUGGCCUGAGCGAUAGACCAUGUACUGCAAGGUAUUAGGCCGCAAAGUAAGGCAACACAGUAAAGCUACGACUCUUGGACAACGAUAAAUUAUGAUGAUUACCUUCAUUUGCAGCGAUUUGCGGCUGCAAUGCGUUCCGGGAGUCCCCCCCUCGACUAUUACCCCUAGACGUCCAAGGAACUGAAGCAUCCUGAUCCCAUGCCGAGAGAAUGUUUCCCCCUGCACAAAAGAAUUCGCCUGCAUACAAUAAAUUCUUUGCUGAUUCUUCAGUUGUGGGAGUCUUUCUAAGCAUAUACGGCUUCUUUCUCCAUUUGGCUAUUGUAAACAAUGCAAGGGGACGGGUUGCUGACGACAGCGAGUAAAGCGCUUUCGAAGCCGUUGCCCAAGACAGAGAUAGUCUUCGCUAACAUCUUGCUUACUCAACUGGUUCCCAAGAGAAAGGUGGAAAUCCAGGUGCCGUAUUGUGAAAGCCUGUAUAAACGCUGCUCCAAUACUUUCAUCUUGGUGGAUUAUGCCGCGGUUAUAUAGGCGAUGACGCAGUAAAGGAAUGUUUAGCGCCUCAGCAGAACAGCCCCCAAGGCUAGGAAUGCUAUCGCGAUGGUUGCACGAGCCAAUCUCACAUGGUAAAAGCGGUAUACUAUAGUGUAUCGCGUCUAUGAACAUAUAGGGCUCGUAUACCAAUCUGUAAUCGGAGAUUGACCAUUGGCGGACGUAGAUCCACCGGCAGUGACCCCGUAUCAAGUGGGGAGCAUUCAUGGGGUGAGCUUCGUUAACUGAUCAGCCUUCGUAUAGGGGAUUCGCCUUUUCGACUCACUUUACACAUAACAUCCUCUCAAGAACCACACAAAUUUAUGUGGAUGAUUAAGAAGAUGACAAUGCAGAUACGAACUCAUCGAUUUUACACUGCACAAUAUAGUUCGUCGAGCGAUGUCACAUGGUGAAUAGCAAUCACGGAACGGCGUACAUCCGAGAGACCUCGCCACGCACCGACUACCAAAGAGAGCCUGCUACUCGCUGGCUAGUUCGUUGUUGCGUUUCGGCCCUUACCGACCCACUUCAAGACAUCACCAUUCCAGUCCCACUUCCUCGCGCAUUACACUGCGCACCUUCAAUCAUCUCUCAGGCCUCGUACGUUGCGCGAUGGCUGCUAUACAAUCCGAAGACGGUAUCUUUCUGCAGUACCUCACCUGGACCAACGUAUUUGGAGCCCUGGUCAUCUACGUCGUCCUUAACUUCGUCACCAACAUCGUUUUUGCACCCAAAUACCCAACAACAGUCCCAUGGGUAGGACAUGGUAAAGGUUACCUCAAUGGUGUCCGUAACGUUCGCGAUGGAUUUACCCAAAGUAAGCAGUGGAUGAGCGAAGGAUACAACCAGUAUUCGCGACAAGGGAAGACCUUCGUUUUGCCUCCUGUGCUCGGUGCCGGCGCGCAGAUCAUUAUCCCCCGGGAGCAAAUGUCAUGGUUAGUGGAUCAGCCAGAUCAUAUUCUCAGCACGAAAGAUGCGCAUUAUGAUAUGCUGCACGGUGAUUAUGCUUUCGCAACACCAAAGUGUCUUCAGGACCCGUACCACGAACAUGUUAUACACAAAAAUCUGGCGCGCAACCUGAUUUCGGUUCUUCCUGACCUCGAUGAUGAAGUCGGGCGCGACGUUGACGAAUUGCUUGGGUUUGACACCGAGAAGUGGGUCAGCCUUGACCCCAACAACGACUUUAUGAUGAAAGUCAUUCCCAAAAUCACGAAUCGGAUGUUAGUUGGUGAGCCUCUAUGUCGCAACGAUGAAUACCUGGCCAACAUGAUGGGCUUCACCAUGGAUGUCAUACGCACUAGCAUUCUGUUCGCUAUCACGCCUUCAUUUCUCCAACCUAUCGUCGGUAACAUAGCCGGAUUGGCUCCAAAAUACCACUAUUGGCGCUCCAGCCGUAUGAGCGUCCCCGUAAUCAAACAGCGUCUAGACGACAUUCAACAAAAGGAUGCUGGGAACCCGGAGUUCAAGAACUGGCAAGAGCCAAACGACUACAUCACGUGGCACCUUCGAACUGCCAUGGCCGAAGGGAGAACAGAUGAAUUGCAGCCCAGCAGUGUCAGUCUACGAAUAUUGCCGUUGAAUUUCGCCAGCAUUCACACGACAAGUCUCACCGGUUCAGCCGCGCUUCUCGAUAUAUUGGCCAGUCCUCCGGAUGUAGCUGCCAGUCUCCGCGAAGAAGCCCUACGCGUCUACAACGAAUCUGGGCAGAAGUGGGAUAAGCACGCUCUAUCUCGCAUGUAUCGGAUGGACUCCGCAAUCCGCGAAUCUCAACGGUUUUCUGCAUUUGCGCUGUCAUUCGUUCAUCGCAAAGUCAUGGUGAAGGAAGGCAUCACUUCCCCUGAAGGAUUGCAUCUGGCCUAUGGCACAAUAGUUGCAGCCCCAUGGCUGAGUCUGUCCACCGAUGAGGAGCUUCACCACCAUCCAGAAGUCUAUGAUGCAUUCCGAUUCUCAAGGGAGCGGGAACGAUUCGAGAGACUCAGCCCAGAGGAGAAAGCUAAAGAGAACGGCCUGAAAAUCAAGCAGAGUGGACUUGUAACCACCAAUGACCGUCAUUUGCCAUUUGGACAUGGGCGACAUGCUUGCCCCGGUCGAUUCUUUGUUGCACACGAAUUGAAGAUGAUGUUUGGUCACUUGCUCAUUAAUUAUGAAAUCAAACCGCUCAAGGAAAGGCCACAACCGACAUGGAUUGGAAGGAACCAAAUCCCACCCACAGCUAGCGUUGAGUUCCGGAGACGGAAGACUGAAUCUGGAUAG